CUUUCUACCUGCUCUCCAUCACUGUCUGCAGGCGGAUGGAUUGCGGCAUUGUUCAAAGGCAAUCCGGUUGUGGCGCUCAACGGUGUCUUUCAGUGUUUGGCGCGGUGCAAAUGGCGGCUUGAGCGACGCAGAAUCUUUUACACCAAAUAACUAGUGCUGUUCUACAAAAAAAAUCUUCAAAGAUGCCCGGUACGAUUCUGGAAAACUUGAGCGGAAGGAAGCUGAGUGUUCUGGUGGCCGUAUUCCUUAUCGGUCAGGUAAUAUGCUUUCUUAUUGGUGGCUUAACAGCACCGGCACCGGCGAGUACCAUGACCAUCCUUUCCACGGCAUGCAUCGAUCCGCAUCCUGAAAAUACAGAUCCCAGCCGAUGGAUAGCCAGAGACUGCAAGCAGAAAGUUGAGCUGAGCCACAGGGAUAAGAUUAUUGAUAAACACAUCACAGCCAAAGAUAUUGUGUUUGUUGGCGCGAUGCCUUUAGGGAUGCCUCGGUUGGAUUUCUCUCGCUGGCAGCAGAAUCUUGUCGGUGUCAUCCAGAUAGAUUUAUUGUAUGAGAAGGAAUUAAAAUUGGAGCCGUCCAUUGAACUGACGCUGAACGCGAGGCUCUUCUACAAAAACAAAGGGGAUACGGAGUGGAAGUACUAUAGUCAUGCGGAGGAGAAACGUUUGAUGGAUUGUAGCUUCGAUUACGUCGAAGACGCUAACUCUGAGGGGUAUCCUUAUAAUUGCACUACCGUUCCCUUGUUCGAAUUGGGCUCGUUGCAUCAUGAUUAUUACAUGCUGAACCUGCGUCUUCCAGCCGAUAAGAAGAGGAACAAUAUUGGAUGGAUCAGCGAUAUACAUUUGCAUGUUAUUCAUAUGAAUGGAGGCUUUACAAGGGUUUGGUUGAGCAUGAAAGCCGUCUUCUUCCCGAUUAUUUUGGCUAUAAUGACAUGGUUCUGGAAUCGUGUACACAUUCUGCAAAGAACUCCAGCUUUAUUAGAGUACAUGCUCAUAUCAUUAGGCGGAACAUUGGCAUUCUUGGAUCUACCAUUAGAGUUCUUGACUCUUUUCUUCGAAAUGCCGUACAUGCUUUUGCUGGGCGACAUUCGCCAAGGGAUUUUCUACGCAAUGCUUCUAUCCUUUUGGCUUGUCUUCGCCGGAGAGCACAUGCUGAUCAACGAUCAAGGAGAGAAGAACUCUUUGCGUCUCUACUGGAAACAUCUUAGCGCCAUCGUCAUCGGAUGUACUUCAUUACUGAUCUUCGACUUGUGCGAGAGAGGCGUUCAACUCCGAAAUCCGUUCUACUCGAUUUGGGUUACACCGGUCGGAACUAAUCUGGCCUUGUCUUUUAUCAUUUUAGCUGGAAUCUCGGCUGGAAUUUAUUUCAUCUUCCUGUGCUACAUGAUUUGGAAUGUGUUCAGGAACAUAAGCAUCAAACGCGCCGUCCUUCCAAACAUGUCUUCUGCUCGGAGAUUGCAUUACGAAGGCAUCAUUUACCGCUUCAAUUUCCUUAUGCUCGCCACAUUGAUUUGCGCCGCAAUCACCAUCGUCUCCUUCAUCCUGAGUCAGAUCAACGAAGGACAACACAAAUGGGACGACAGCAUGGACAUUGAACUCUCCUCCGCGCUCUUCACCGGAGUCUACGGCAUGUGGAAUAUCUACAUAUGCGCUAUGCUUAUCCUUUACGCUCCAAGCCACAAGCAAUGGCCUUCGGAUCCUAUUUGUGGAGAGAACGGAGAAGAGGUAGAAUUCAAUCGGUUGCCUACUGAUUCCAGCCCCAACGAAAUAUCCUCCCUCACGUCCUUCGCAAGUAAAGCAGCCAUAGAAUAAAAUUUAUAUAUUUGUAUUUUUAUUUCUCGUAAUGUUUAUAAACAGUAUAAAAUAGUGAUUAUUGUGAGAAUCAAAACUUUUCUACCCAGUAUUAUUCGUCGUGAUGUAAUUUAAUAAUUAUUUUAAUAAUUUAUUAACAAUUUUUACACCCGUAAUAAAUAUAUUUAUGUAUUAAA